UACUGGUCACACAAACAGAUGAGGAACACAACACAGUCCACUACAGGAGAGAGAAACUAGUGUUAGUUUACUGAAUGUGGAAAUGAAAAUAUAGAAAAGGGUAAAACUCAGAGAAGAAGAAACAACAUGGAUGAUGUCUAAAAAUAUAUGGACGUCGUACAAGGUAAAGUCAGAAAAAAAUAUCACAGAUUCAACGCCAUGAGAAUCCAGUCUUAUAUAUAUGACUGUAAACAUUUGAACUGCACCAUAAAUGUCUGGAAUUGUGAAUGAUAGCAUGGAUAAAGGUUCAAUAAUGGACUCAGAAGACCGAAUAGAAAGGAUUGUUGAUAUCUACGUCAGUGCAGAGGCUGUAAGAGACAUGAAACAUAAGAAAGAGACAGAAGACUUCAACACAGAAGAACCCCAAACACCUCGACACAGAGAAGACUUCAACACAGAGGAACCCCGAACACCUCGACACACAGGAAGUGAUGGUGUGACGAUCUCCAGAGCAGCUGGUGUGUGUUUGGGGCUGGUGUGUGUUCUUCUGCUGACUGCAGUCAUAGUGUUGUGUGUCAUCUUCACUCAAGAGAGACAACAGCUGAAGACUAAGAUCACCAACCUGCUAACCAACAAUAUGAACCUAACUCGAGAGAGACAACAGCUGAAGACUAAGAUCACCAACAUCACUCAAGAGAGAGACCAGUUGAAAUCAGAAAAAAAUGAUCUUCAGAAGAAGUUUGCGGAUGGAUGGAAGUGCCAUCAAUCCAGUCUUUACUUCUUUUCCUCUGAGAUGAAGAACUGGGAUGAGAGCAGAAGAUACUGUACAGAGAGAGAAGCAGAUCUGAUCAUCAUCAACAACAGAGAGGAACAAGAUUUUGUGAAGAAUAUUUGUGGUAGUUCUGAUCAUUUCUGGAUUGGUUUGACUGAUAUUGAAGUGGAGGGCAGAUGGAAAUGGGUUGAUGGCAGCAACAUCACCAUCACCUCUGGGUUCUGGGCGUCUGGAGAGCCAAAAAGCAGUCAGGGAACAGAUGAAGACUGUGCUAAUACUCAUUCAUCAGGAUGCUUUGAUACUCAUUGUAAUACUAGUAUUAAAUGGAUCUGUGAGAAGAGUAUUCUUAAAUGAUACAUUAUAAUAAAAAUUUACAUAUAUGCAUUAUGAACAAAUAAAUAUGUUUAUUUUUUAUUUUUGAAUGGCACAUUAAUUAGGUUAUUCUGUAUAAACAAAUACAAAAUAAAUAAAAAAAAACAUUGUAAUAUUAAAAUUUUCCUAUAAAAC